AUGAUGGAGGCGGAUUUUGUUACCAGCGGGAUGUUUCAAGAAGAGACCGUCGAAAUCGAAGACCAUAAUGAGAAUUCUCUUUUGGAAGGUGAAAAAUGUGGGAUAUGCAUGGAUUUUGUCAUCGACAGGGGGGUUGUUGAUUGCUGCCAGCACUGGUUUUGUUUUGGCUGCAUUGACAACUGGGCUUCGAUCACAAACCUGUGUCCUCUUUGCCAGAAUGAGUUUCAAUUGAUCACAUGUGUUCCGGUGUAUGAUACCCUUGGAAACAACAAGGUUGAUGAGGACACAUUUUCCAACAGAGAUGACGAUUGGUCUAUUGAAGGAAAUAGCAGCACCCUAUCUUUUCCUUCCUAUUAUAUUGAUGAAAAUGCAGUUACCUGCUUGGAUGGGGAUGGCUGCAAAAUCCGAAGUGGAUCCAUGAGUAUUGAGGAAGAUCCUAAUCUUGAUACAUCUAUUGCAUGUGAUUCUUGUGACAAUUGGUAUCAUGCUUUCUGUGUCGGGUUUGAUGUGGAUGGUACAUGUGAGGAUACAUGGUUAUGUCCAAGAUGUACUACUGCUGAUGAAUUGCCGCAUAAAUCAGAUGCAACUUCAGCUCCUAUGCCAAAUGAUCAACGUAUGGAAACUUUAGAUACUAGCAGUUUGACUGAUACUGGCUUCUCUAGAAAGUUGUCGGUUGACCCUGGAGAGACGGCUAUUGUCAUCUCUAUGGUUGGAGGAAAUAAAUGGACUGAAUUGCCUGGUGAGGAGUAUAGCCCAAUCCGAGAAGUUGGCCUGGAGUAUAGCCCAAUCCGAGAAGUUGGUGUGGAGUUCAACGUUAAUGGAGUUCAUUCUGAGGCUCAUCUUAGGGAAGAAAAAAUAACUAGUGAGAAUGAUGGGAUUAAAUCAGUCUUGGAAGCUCCAGAACCUGUGCUCUCCUUAUCAAGUGAUAUGUCAACACCUGGUCACUUGAAGACAGGUCAGGCUGAAGCUGCUGCUAAUUCAGACGAUGAUCCGAUUUCAGGGACAAAGUUUUUCAAGUCUACUGUUGGUUGUCAUCUUAGUUUCUCUUUAGAAAACUCAUCUGUUGGCAUCUCUAAUAGUGGAACUGUAGAUCAAGUGAGUUCAACUAUAGGGAAGCAAACUGUUCCGGGAGAUACUUCAUUAAGAGAUGAGAAGGUUGUACCAAAUGCUGCUGUGGAGGCUGCCAAAAGCAUUGGCGUAAAGAGAAAGCAGAUAAAGUGCAGUGAUGAUGUUUCCCAUAGUAUUAUCAAUAGUGUAGAUCCAAAUGAUGAGAGUGCUGGUGCAAUCCCUCUGAAGAAAUUUAGAGGCAAGGGGAAGUCUCAAAAGACCCAGCACUCCAGGGAGCUGCCUGAAGCAUCUUCUUCUGAUGAUUUGGAUAAGGGUUCUACUGAAGUGGCGGUUACCAAAGAUAAGAAGUCCAUGAAGCGUAAAGGACAGGGCCAAGCCGUUACACCUGAUAUAAUGAGCAUUGUUCAAGGGACGGGCCGUGCCUCAAAAGAUCAUUCAGCUGCUGGCUUGAGAAUGAAAAAGAUCAUGAGGACGAAUGCAAAGGAAGAUAAGGACUCAUCUGUGAUAGUUCAAAAGCUCAGAGAAGAAAUCAAAGAAGCCGUGCGCAAUGGAUCUGCUGUUAAUAUGGGAGAGAAAAAUUUGGAUCCUAAGCUUCUGGCUGCCUUCCGGGCUGUUAUAACAGGACCCACAGCUGAACCAGUAGUGAAGAAGUUAGCACCUUCUGCCUUGAAGGUGAAGAAGUCUUUGUUACAGAAGGGUAAAGUCCGUGAAAGUCUGACAAAGAAAAUAUAUGCGGACUCUAAUGGAAGGAGAAGACGUGCAUGGGACAGAGACUGUGAGGUUGAAUUUUGGAAGUAUCGAUGCAUGAGGGCCACAAAACCAGAGAAGGUUGCAACCCUAAAGUCGGUUCUGAACCUUCUCAGAAAGACUCCUGGAGGAGAAGUCGUUGAGGAAGCUUGCAAGAAUAAGGCAGAAAGUCCAAUACUAUCCAGAUUGUAUUUAGCAGAUACGUCUGUCUUUCCUAGAAAGAAUGACAUCAAACCUCUAUCUGCUCAUGGAGGAGGCACCAGUGAUUCUGAAAAGGGCCGAACAGAGAAUAACAGUUCAGUUCCAAAUGGUCUGAAACCAUCUCCUACUAAUAAAGUUCCAUCAAAAUAUGUUCCUUUGCCUCAAGGGUUGAAGAAUAAUAAUGUUGAUCAUUCAAAGAAUAGUCCGGUAGCCCCAUCAGAUGGUUGUAGAAUCAAGCCUAAGAAGGAAACGUGCGUUAAAGUGGACGAUAAGAAGCUUGAUAAACGAAAAUGGGCCCUGGAGGUGCUUGCUAGAAAAAAGGCUGCUUCAGCUAGUAGUAGAAAGGAAGAAGAAGAAGACGACAAAGUUAUGCUUAAAGGGAACUAUCAAUUGCUCGGUCAACUUCCGAAGGAUAUGAGACCAGCAUUGGCCACCAUUGAGAAAAGUAAGAUUCCCGAUUCAAUAAGGCAGACACAGCUGUACCGUCUUACAGAAUUCUUCCUGAAGAAACUAAACCUCCCAGAGAUUUGCAGAACAGCUGAAACAGAGUUGGCUGUAGCAGAUGCCAUUAACAUCGAGAAGGAAGUUGCUCAAAAAUCUACUACCAAAAUGGUAUACGUGAACCUCUGCUCUCAGCAAAUGUUGCACCGUUCUUCAGAUAAUAAUGUCAAGGCCGCUCAAGCUUCAGAAUCAGAUACAUCAGCUGUCGUCACGGAUCAGCAGCAUUACAGCAACGAGCUCCCAACCGACCCUGCAAUUACAGAAGCACUGAGAAAGGCAGGCCUUUUAUCGGAUUCUCCUCCAGCAAGCCCACUUGGUAACUCAGAGUCUCCUAUUGAAGAGGAGCCCGAUAACAUACUGGAAAUAGAUACUGUUCCGGAAGCGGAUAUUUAUGGUGAUUUUGAGUAUGAUUUGGAUGAUGAAGACUUCAUUGGAGCGACUACUUCUAUGACUGUUGUUCCUACCAAGACAGUGCAGGAAGAAGCAGAGGCGAAGAUGAAAGUGGUCUUCUCAACACUUAAAUUGGAAGAGCCAAACAAUUCUCAAGAUAGCCCAAUCGUAGUGAGUGGCAAUAAUAAUGGUUCUCAUGUUCCUCCUCCUGAAAGCUUACCCGGUGAAGAAGGCAACGAAGAACCUUCCCUUGCAGAGUGUGAAGAACUGUAUGGCCCGGAAAAAGAACCGAUGAUGAGCAGAUUCCAGCUUGAAGCUCCAAUCGAGAACAAACCAAGCCUAUCGGAUAACACAACUUCUGCCCCCAAUGCACAACAAAUUCCUGAUGAGAAAAAUCCCUCCAACGAUUCCCACUCAACCGAAGAAGCAUCGAGGAAGGAUAUGCAAUCUGACUCAGAUCCCAAAAGGCAGUCGGAAAUUGUCAGUUCUGUGUCAAAGAAGGUUGAAGCUUACAUCAAGGAGCACAUUCGGCCACUGUGCAAGAGCGGCGUGAUAAGCGUGGAACAGUACAGGUGGGCUGUAGCGAAAACCACCGACAAAGUGAUGAAGUACCAUUCCAGUUCGAAGAACGCUAGUUUCCUGAUCAAGGAAGGUGAGAAAGUGAAGAAACUUGCUGAGCAAUACGCCGAGGCAGCUCAAGCUCAGCAGAAGGAUUCAUCGUGA